CUGAGAAAACAAGUCUACAAUAUAAAUACUUAUGAUGGUAAAAUAAUUAAAUCCGUGAGGAAGGGUACGAUAAAUUUCUGUCAUAUGCCAAAAUCUCCAGUUUUCCGAAUUUUUUCCGACAGGAAAAAUGCCAUAGCUUGGAGAAUUUCAUUUCAUUUCAUGUCGCCUCCUCCCAUGGACGGUUAAGCUUUUGGCAAAAUCCCUUUCCCGUACAAUAGAUUUCUUUUAGCAAGGGAAAAAAAAAAAAAAAAGAAAAAAAAGAAAAAAAAACUUAACCUGCAAAUGUAUAUAAGCAGAAAUUUCAGUUGCAUUUAAAUUGUAUUGCUGAUUGGGUGGAUCCAAAGGCAUUGCCAUUCGAUCAUUCUCCGAUUUAAUUUCAAUCUUUAUUUUGUGCCUUGCUCAACCUGAACCGACAUUUAGCGCAAGUCAAUCAGGGCACUCUUUCGAAUAUUCAGACAGAUUUCACAUUAAGCGGAGGGUUUUAAUAUCCGUGUUUACAUUAGUGUGUAUAGAUUGUGUGUUUGUUUUAGUUGCAGGAUGCACUGAAAAUGGCAACCGCAUCAGUGGCCGCUUUUGGAGCAACAGACGAUAGACAAAAUGUUCGGGGUUUUGAGCAAGGAGGGCAAGCUGUUCAGUCAAGCCAAGGGCAAGGAUCUGGCGACACACUUUUGCCUCCUGCACCUCUUUUACAUCCACCCAUACCGUCGGGGCAUGCCACAAUGCCAUGGAAUUCAUCACAUCAAAUGGAUAGCAGCUCUGGAGUAGACAGUUCUAACAUUCCAAAUACAAGUUACUAUCAUCAGCAACAACCUUAUCAGCACAAUGCCAUACCUAGUGCGCAAGACAGUCAAGCAGUUGCUAGUUCUUCUUCACCAUCUGCCUCAUCAAGCAUACCAUUAGAAAAUGGAUAUGCUGGUGGUUAUAGUGGAUACACAUCAUCAUACCCAAGUGCCUACAAUCACUAUCCAUAUGGGAACCCAAGUUACCCGGGUUACAAUUAUGGCUAUCAGCAGCAAGGUAACCAUCCUUACUCUCAGAAUGUGGGAGCCUAUCAAAAUUCUGGUCCUUCAUAUCAGCCUAAUAACUCGUUUCACAAUGCAAGCUCAUAUACAGAGCCACCAUAUUAUCAGAGCAACCCAACUUAUUACAAUGCUGAUGUUUAUCAGAACUCCGAAGGGUACCAGAGCACAGGCUUGAGUGGCCAUGCAAGUUCAUGGAGUGACAAUGGUUAUGGAAAUUAUGGGGGCUAUCCAAAUUAUCCAGGUUUCACACCAUCUGAUCAGACUCAAGUGGAUUACCAACAAUGGGAAGAGUAUUAUAGACAUUCAGGAUCUGAUGUCAGUUGUGCCCCUGGAACAGAAUCCAUUGUUAGUGGUAGCAAAAGUACUCCACCUUCUUUGGAUUGUCCAAUUCCAGGAGUAAGCAAUAGUUCUGCCCCAAUCACCCAACCACCUCCACCUGGUACGCAACAAUCUUGGCAAUCCAAUAUCAAAUCUUACUGUGAGGCUCCAUUGUCGCAGAAUGUAAGCUCUGUUGGAGUAGUGGAACAUGGCUAUGGUGUCAAGGAUUCAACCACAAUCAGCAGCUACCAAAGUGAACAAUAUAAUCAGCCAGGAGCUCUUCAUUUUCAGCAGGUGCCACACAGACCCUAUUUUCAACAGCCUUUGCAAUUGCAAGUUCCUCAGUAUCAUCAGGUGCAAGAGAAGGAACAUACAUUAGCAUCUCAGGGGCAAAAGGCACAAACCCUUACAACAGUUUAUCAGGCUUCUCAGAAUUUGACAUCCUCAGUACAACCGAUGUCAAGUUCUCAAAAAAAGAUCGGCAAGCUUCAAAUUCCAACAAAUCCAAAAAUAGCACCAAACUCAGCCUUCGGAUUGAAAGAUGUGGCUAAGAAGAAUGCACAAGGAGCAUCUCCAAGCCCCAAACCGGCAUACACUAGUGUUAAUGUAAAAUCUAUAAAUCAGAAGGCAUCAUCAAAUGAUGUGGCUGAUGCUAUGCUCAAGCCAGGCAUGUUUCCUCCUUCUUUAUUUCAUUAUGUUGAAAGGGCUUUGGCUCGUUGUAAAGAUGAAGCCCAAAAGACUGCUUGUCAAGAUAUAAUGAAACAGAUGAUUACAAAAGCUUCUGCGGAUGGUUCACUAUUUACAAGAGAUUGGGACACAGAGCCACUAUUUCCUCUACCGAGUUCAAACAUGGUAGCAAGCAUGGAAAAUAUGCAGUGCUCUUUGACGGUAGGUUCAUUGCAAAAAUCUGAAAACAGCCAUGGAAAGCGUUUCAAGAGCCGAUGGGAGCCUGUUGUUGAAGAGAAACUAGAGAAGAAACAUGUUCUGGCUGUAAAUCAUGAGUUUAUCAAGGAGGACGUAUUGAAAGAGGGCCAGAGUAAGAUGAUGCAAACAUCCCUAGCCAAAUGGAAUACUAUGAAUGGAGUGUGGAACAAGUCCAAGCAAUUACAACUGCAGGAGCAGUUUGAUUCAAGCAAAAUGCCUAUGAGGCCAUCAAAGAAGGCACGGAAAGUGGUUGAUCAAGCUGCUGGUGGAUGUGGGGAUAAUCUCAGUGAUAAUGAAGAGGAGGCUGGACAAGGAGGGCAUUGUUUUGGUUCUAGAGAGUUGGCUGAUACGCUAGAAGAAGAAAAACGGAGAGAAAGUAGGAGUAGACGCUUCGAUAAGGGAAAUGGGAGCAACAUUACAAGUAGACAGCCUGGAAUUACUGUGAGUGGAGCUGUAAGUGCUGCAAGAACUGCAAGUGCUUUACUGCUGGCAAGAAACUAUGGAGAUGCUGGUGGAAGAGCAGUGGAAGACAUUGACUGGGAUUCAUUAACAGUAAAGGGGACAUGCCAAGAGAUAGAGAAACGCUAUUUGCGGCUUACGUCUGCACCUGAUCCAAACACUGUGAGACCUGAAGAAGUGUUGCAAGAAGCUUUGGCCAUGGUGCAAAGUUCAACAAAGAACUAUUUAUAUAAAUGUGAUCAGUUGAAGUCAAUUCGUCAAGAUCUUACAGUACAGCGUAUUAGAAAUGAAUUUACAGCAAGGGUUUAUGAAACUCAUGCACGAUUAGCCCUGGAGGCUGGAGAUAUGUCAGAAUUCAACCAGUGUCAAUCACAGCUGGAAGGUUUAUAUGCUGAAGGUAUCAAGGGCUGCCAUCAUGAAUUUGCAGCUUAUAAGUUGUUAUACCGUUGUCUGAACUUGGGCAACACUCGAGAUCUCUUGUCGUCUAUGGCAAGGUUGUCAAUCGAUGCCAAAAGUGAUGAUGUUGUAAAGCAUGCAUUGGCAGUCCGAGCAGCUGUUUCUUCUGGAAAUUACACCUCCUUUUUCCGUUUAUACAGAACUGCUUCUACCUUAAGUGCAUGUCUGAUGGAUCUAUAUGUAGAGAAAAUGCGGUUCAAGGCUGUCAGAUGCAUUUCCCGUUCUUACCGGCCAACAGUUCCAGUUGCUUUCAUGGCUCAGAUAUUAGGAUUUACAGAUGCUACUUCAUUCAAGAGUAGUGAUGAAAUUGAUGGAAUUGAUGAGUGUGAAGAAUGGCUGAGAGCACACGGUGCAAUUGUUAUCAGAGAUAAGAGUACAGGAGAACUACAGCUCAAUGCAAAGGAUACUGCCUCUAGUCUUUUUAUGCCCGAACCUGAAGAUGCUGUCCCUCAUGGUGACGUAUACCUUGGCCUCAAUGACUUUUUUGCUAGGGCAUAAUUUUCGUGUACUGUGUCAGGCAAUACUUCUAUUUUUUAAUCACAGGCCAAAAUUAGUGGUCUAAUUGAUUUGUAAUACUAUAACUUUUUUGGUGUUUAUUAAUAACAUCAUGACGGGCCAUCCUUGCACAUGCCUGAAGUUUCUGGGGUGAAGCAAUGGAGCUAAAUCUUGCCCUGUUCUUUAUCCUUCAAGCUCAAACAAACUGUUUUAAAUUGUAUCAAUACAAAGAGAAGGUGAAAGCAUGUAAUCAUAGCUGAGUUGGGAAAAUCCAUCUGGUUCUUUGGUAUGUUAACAAGGAAUGUAAAGGAGUUUAACUUAAUGCAGCUCAUCCUUUUACUGGAUUGAACUUGCCCUUUUGGAUCUUGCCAAUAUGAUGAAACAGAAAUAUAUGGCCCUGUGGGCUAUAUAUGCCAGUAAAAGAAUGCUUGAUAUGUGCUAUAAGAUGGAACUUCUGUAUGCUUUCAGAUAGGGAAACUUCAGAAGAGUUCUAAUAUGGUAGAAGAUGCUGUGUGUUUUAGACGGCAGUCGGCAGAUAUUGCAUAUUUCAAGCACAUGCACUUCUAAAUUGUUUAGACAGAUAUUGAAAAUUAUUCCAAUGGGAGCUAGACCUGGUAAUAUGUAUGUAUGACGAGCAGAGUCGGACACAGCAUUGCUGAAUUCUGGAACAAAUUCAAGUGUCUUGUUUUAUUGAAUCUUAGAGUCGUGUAGGUUCCAAGUGCUAGGGUUUAUGACAGGUUCUUUCCAAGACAAUUGGUGAACGCUUAAAGCAUUGUCAUGACCCUAAAUAGUUUUGGGGGUGUUUCCAUAGAAAGCAUUUCCACAUCUUUUCUAAUUAGGCAUUAACUGGAUGUGCGUAUUUCAUUCUUGUUCCUUAAAUGGUUCGAUAAAGCAAUUGCACCCAUGUAAUUGGCAGCCUCUGCUCAUCAGGCCAUGCAUACAUUUCUGUUAUGUAAGUUUUUAAUGAACUGUAAAAUAUGCAAUCGCAGUUGAAAUUCAUUUGAUACACCAAA